UCGGAGUUGGCGAGGGAAGGAUUCAAGGAAGGGAAGAGGAUACUACUAUUUCUGAACCAGUGAGGAUGGAAAUGGGAGAAGACGAGUCGAUAAGCGGCAAUGGUUCAAGCUCCAAAACGACUCAGGAGCUGGCGUUGGAGGGCCAGAAGCAUCUGCAAGACACCAUCGACUACGCUUUCCAGAUCCUUUCUUCCAUCAACCGCGAGCUCUGCAAUGCCGCCCUGUGGUCUAAUCGCUCACCCAUUUCUCCUUCUUCGGUCCCAAACGGCGUCGUACCGGCGGAUUCACCUACUGAUAACGCUGAGAAUACCGUUGGUGGUGGCGCUACUGGCGGUGCUCUGGAGGAUGCUCGCUUUCGGUAUAAGAAUUCUGUGGCCGCACUACGUGCCAUUCUUGCUGCUAUUCCCAACGCUCAGAAGGCCAAAGCAUCUGACAGUGGCUUAGCUGCUAGCCCUUCGGAUCAAGCUGAAAUUGAGAACUUGGAAGAGCGAGCCUCUUGUCUAAGGAAGGAGCUUGCCAACAAGAAUAUGCACCUGAAGAUUCUCAUGGAUCAAUUGCGGGAUCUUAUAAAGGAUAUAUCCACUUGGCAAAGUCCUUGUUCAGUCUGAAGUUUGAGCGAUAAUACAUUCAUUGUGAAGGUGGUGCAUUGCAAUGGAAAAGUUGGGUCUUGGUACCUCAGUGCAUCAUUUUUUCAGUGGAAUUCUGGCUAGAUUUUGUUCUCUGCCCAGAUUGUGAAAGACAGGUCACAAUUUAGCACGCUCGUAGUCUCUGUUCUUGCUUAACUGCUUGAGACUCUGUUUACCCCCCGGAAAACCAAAAAGAAAAAAGAGAGAGAGUAUUAUUCGCAGUAUGCACUACGUCCUCUGAACCUGUUUUUGAUCAAAGAUUGGGUGAGAUCAUAAUAGUGGGCACGCGAACACCUAACCGAUCAAACUUGAAAAAAUAUGGAGCAGGUCCUGUAUUCCCAUCUGGACUAGGAAUACUGACAAAAGGAGUCUUCACAUGAUCAUAAAACCCACCAUGUUCAUCAUAUGUAAUCACCAGAAGAGUCUCAUUCCAUUGAGGGCUUGCUCUCAGAGUCUCAUACACCUCUUUCACAAGCUUCUGUCCAUUUGCAACAUCAUGAGAUGGGUGAUCAUCAUUGGCAGGGAAGCCUAUCAAAUCGAAGUACCUAGGCUCGAUCACUGUCAAGGGAGGAAGGUUCCCAUUUCUAGCAUCCUUUUUGAACUUCAGAUCAUACUGAUGGAACUUGAAUAUGUAUUUCAAUCUCCUUAGAUUUCUAAAGAACAGGGUUGUGGGAAUGUUCUGGAAAUAUAUCCCAAAGUCUAUGUCAUUCUCAUGGAGAGAGUCGAAAAUGGUUUUCUGUGGAUACCCUUUUGCUAAUUGCUUGGCGAUAUGGCUUAUUGAACCAUGAGAA